AUGGGUGCCUUCAUAGGAAACAAUUUACGAGCAGUCUACAAAAGAUCAGAGAUUACUACAACAUUGAUAACCUCCUGGUGGGACCAUCCAGCGGUAGAUUCCUCCCUCAUCCAGUCAUAUACCACAGUACUGACAGAAAGUGGACUGACUCUCAACCUGAGCGAAACCGUUGGAAAUAAUACAAAUUGCACUUUUGCCUCGAAUUUUUUGCCUGGUUAUUUGUAUUAUUUUCGAAUCAUCUCUGAAGUCUUACUAAGCGAUCCGACAGAAACAAUUUUUGUAACAUACUUGAUACCUUUGGUGGUGGAUCCAUUGCCUCCAGGCCCUAUUUUAAGGAACGAAAGCAACCUUCACCCAGACCAUUUAUUUCUGAAAUGGUUACCCCCAGUUCAUGGGAUCCAUGUCAACAGAUUCAGAAUUUCUGUGAAUGGAAGAACAGAUGACUCAUCUCCAAAUGAGAUUUCCUGGAAAACAAAACUAGAGCCUGGAACAAAGUACAAUGUCAAACCAUUGUCACCUAGAAAACUGGAUCGCGUUAAGAGCAAUUUCUCCUCACAACAGCUCUACUUAAAAUGGGAAGAACCCGCAGGAAACACAUUUCUGAAUCACUACCUGGUUACCAUCAAUGGUCACCAACAACAGACCUUGGGUAACUAUCCGGAGGUCUACUGGAGGAAAGGUUUAGUGCCAGGAGCAAUGUACAACGUGUCAAUUACGGCUGUGAGUCAUGGUGAUAUCAUGGGUGGCCCUUGGCUUGGAACUGCAAAAAGCAAACCUUAUGUAGACUGGAUUGAAGUGGAUCAAAUUAAGGGAGGAUACAUACAUAUGCCUUAUGGAGAAAGAGAUAAUGUGUUUAGAGGCGAUGAUAAAACUAGUCCCUAUCUGAGAUCUCCUAUGACGAUAUAUGCCCUGGAUGGAUCAGAGCGUGGAUUUAAUUACGUAAUUAUUGGCUCCAACGGUGUAAUAGGACUUGGAGAAGAGUUUAAUUGGUUCAGCACACAUAAUUUACACUCCUCAAAAAUGAAAGAAAGACAAAUUAUUUGUCCUUUUUGGACUGAUUUAUUAACAACAGAUACAGCGAGUGGUAUCUACUACAAUACUUACCAGAGGGGACAGGAUGCUGAAAAUACUCUUUUCUUGAACAAAGCGAAUGAAAUGAUAAGGAUACAGUUCCCAGAUUUUUCUGAUUUUGAGGCAACAUGGCUGGUCAAAGUAACAUGGGAAAACAUGACAUUGUUUGGAUACAAAUCACAGAUAGUGACAUUCCAAUGUCUUCUGAUAACAGAUGGAGUCAACACUUUUACUGUUAUAAAUUAUAUAGAUGUCAACCUUAAACCAAUCAAAAAUAAAAAGAUUGUUGUUGGAUAUCGGUUCCAGAAAAUCUUUACCAAGAACGUUCUUUCAAACAAACAUGCCGCUUUUCAAAUGAGUAAAAAUCCAGGAAAUAGAGGGGUGCCAGGAUUCUGGAUUUAUAAAAUGAGCACAGGAAUUCCAUUGAAAAAGGAUGAUAAAGUAUGUUAUGACUGGUAUAUAAAAAACAAAGAAUUGGAGGUCCGAGAUCAAUUGUUACCUGCACUAAGUCAAAUCCGGUGUCCCUGUGACAGUCGCUUGCUUAGAUUUGAUCCACGAUACAACAUCAAUAGAUUCGACAGGAAAUAUCGAGUUCUAUGCUAUGCAUCCAUGACAGUUGGCAGAAAUGCUGAGUGUUGUUACAGACUACAUCGAAGAAUUGAUAAUCUGAGCGUUCUUGAGCGAACUGUUCCCGCGGUUGGGUCACUGUUACAAUACAACCCUUUUUUUGAGCGUCAUCUUUACAUAAAAAAUGACCUGAAACCAAGAGAGGCAUGUAGUAAAUCCGGACAUUUUAAAUGGUAUUAUGAAGUGCGUCCGAUUCCCAGUUGCUAUCGAAGGUCACCUUUUCGACCAGGAAUAAACUCUGGUGACCCUCACAUACGGACACUUGAUGGUAAAAGCUACACUUUUAAUGGUCAUGGAGAAUAUGUGAUGAUGGCAAUUGCAAAAGAUGGUACCAAAUUUGACUUCCAGGCGAGAACAGAACCGGCAACAACAUCAAAUGUAACUGCCAUCAAUGCUACGAUAUUUAGUGCAUUUGUGGCCCAAGAUCAAACUGGAUCCAAAGUACAAAUAGAAAUUUCGCCAGACAAAAACGAUCUUAUAAUCAGAGGAAAUGGGAAUGACUUGACCACAAGAUUUCAAAAUACAAAUUACACAUACCUUACACAAAAUUUAUCCAUUCAGUGGGAAAAUAAAUCCAUAUCGGCAUCUUUUUUCCAGUCCUCAAUAGUUUUAAAAGUCAGUCUUGGAGUACGAUUUUUGAUUUCGGAGGUUGUGGUUGAUGAUACGUAUAUGGGAUUCGUCAAAGGAUUGAUGGGGAACUUUGAUGGGAAUGCUGCCAACGACUUUAUUCUCCCAAAUGGAACCACGCUAAAUGAAAAUGCCACACAAACAGAACGGGAUGUAUUCUACAAUUUUGGACAGCAAUGGUCUGUAAAAGACAAAUCUAUUUUCAAUUACAACGAGGGACUAGGUCACGAGAAUUUUUCACAUCCAGAAUUCGAACCUUUAUUUAUGGAUGAAGUAGAUGAAGAACAGAUCGAUUCGGCUAAAGAAAUAUGUGGACCAAAUCCCUCUCAAGCCUGUAUUUUUGACUUCCUCGCAACAGGAGAUAUUAGUAUAGCUAUGUCAUCUGCCAUGGAAGAAGCUAAGUCUAUAAAUGACAUCGCAAUCAUCGAAAAUGAAACGCCAAGAAUAUCGGGAAAUACAACAAUAAAUGCUGAGAUUGAUAACGAGGUCACAUUAAGAUUUAACGCAUCUGAUGACAACAAAGAAAGACCUGUGUUCAAAAUCUUAAAGCAGCCAGAAGGAUUUAGAUUCAAUGCAACAACUGGAGAAGCAACAUGGACACCGCUGAAUACUAAUAUUUCGGAAAUAAGUGUCAGUGUAGUUGAUGAAAUGGGGGUCGAAUCGCCAUCUCUAGAUGUUACGAUCAUAAUGUGUAGUGGAUGCAGUAACAAUGGUCAUUGUGACUAUGAAAAUGUCGAAGCAACAGAACAUGCUCUAAAUUAUAAAGCUGGAUGUAUCUGCAACAUAGGUUUUACUGGAGAGAAUUGUGAACAAGACAUUGAUGCCUGUGUUCAAAGUCCAUGUUCUCUAGAUAGAAACUGUACCGACCUUACUCCCACUGAAGAGGUCAUAUUAGGUCGAGGAUACAACUGUUCAGAGUGCCCACCUGGCUAUAUGGAUGUUGGAACCAAAUGCGCGGAUGUUGAUGAGUGUUCAGCUGAGUAUACCACUACAUGUAAUGCUUCUACUGAGAUAUGUGAAAACACAGAAGGAAGCUAUAUCUGUCAUUGUGUGAGUGGAUAUAGGAAAGUGAACAACAUUUGUCGAGAUAUUGACGAGUGUUUCGAGGGUACCUCAGACUGUGUACAAAUAUGUCGGAAUACACCUGGUUCAUUUUAUUGUGAUUGCCACUUAGGAUUUACCUUACAUACAGACAGAACUUCGUGUGUUAAAUCAGAACACAACCUCUGUGAAAAUUUUGAGAACUGUGAAUACUCCUGUGGAAAUACAACUGGAACUUUAAAGUGUGUGUGUCCACUAGGAUACGAAUUGGCGUCAAACGACAUAAACUGUAAAGAUAUAAAUGAAUGCGAACUUGCAACUACGGUAUGUGAACAAGAUUGUAUCAACACCAAAGGAGCAUUUAAUUGCACUUGUCGACCAGGAUAUUUCUUAAAUGGAGAUCAAACGUCAUGUUCAGAGUGUGAAAUUCCUAACUAUGGUGAAAACUGCAGUAAACUGUGUGAAUGUGGUUCUGGUGGAGACAGAUGUGACCCAGUCAGUGGAUGUGUCUGUCUGUCAGGUUGGACGGGUGUCAAAUGUGACGAAGACAUAGAUGAGUGCUCAGUAGACCCAUUCAUAUGUGGUUCUGAUCGAGUAUGUCAGAAUCUUGAAGGUUCCUACUCAUGCAUCUGUCGGGAUGGCUUUGAUAUAAAAGGAAGUAAAUGUGAAGAUAUUGACGAGUGUGCUGAUGAGAGCCUAAAUGACUGCCCAGAAUUAACAACAUUUUGUUGUAAUACAAAUGGUAAUUACACUUGCGAGUGUCAAAGUGGGUUUCAACUGAUAAACGACGAAUGUGAAGAUAUAAAUGAAUGUGAGACCGGACGUCACGGCUGUUCCCAAAUGUGCAUCAAUGUAGAUGGUGAUUAUAAUUGCGCAUGUCAUUCCGGAUUCAACCUUCAAAAUGAUCGCAAAAUGUGCGAAAAAGUUAAGGACACCUGCUCCCUAUUUCCUGGACUUAACUGCAGUUAUGGCUGCAUUCAAAGUGCUCAGGACCCAGGGGAAAUCAUUUGUCUCUGUGAAAAUGGCUUCCAACUGGCUAGUGACAUGAAAACAUGCAUAGACAUUGAUGAGUGCCAAAAGAAUACAACUUGUGAUCAUAACUGUACAAAUACGGCAGGAUCUUUUGAGUGUGAAUGUGCUAUUGGAUAUGAGCUUCAAAAUGAUGGAAUAUCAUGCAAAGCGUGCAAUGGGUAUUUUUACGGUAUGUAUUGCAACACGCCAUGUAAAUGUGGACGGGGCGCCACUGCCUGUCAUCACGUAACCGGUUGUGUCUGUCACCUAGGAUGGACAGGAGAAACUUGUGAAAUAGAUAUCGAUGAAUGUGAAAGGAGUCCAUGCAUUGGUGAACACGAGCUAUGCCUCAACACCCCCGGGUCAUACCGAUGCGAUUGUGUUACGGGUUUUAACAACUCGGAAGGAAGUUGUACAGACAUUGAUGAAUGUCAGAAUCCAACAUCAUGCCAUCAGAUAUGUAUAAAUACAGAGGGAAGUUACCAAUGUGAUUGUGACACUGGAUUUAAAUUAACAAAUGAAAACUACUGCAUUGAUAUCAAUGAAUGCAUUGAUACUCGAUGCCAUGAUUGCAAUAACUGGCCUGGAGGUUUUGAAUGCUUCUGCGACCAGGGCUACAAAGUCAACACAGCUACUCAUACUGAUUGUCAAAGUAUGUUCCUCAUUGCUCCAAGUUGA